AUGUGGUUCGCAAUAACCGUAGGAUUGGUGUUGCAGUUAUUAGUGCUUCUAUAUGUUUACCUAACGUAUCGUUAUCGGUAUUGGUUGCGUCAUGGUGUCCUCGACGUCAAACCUAAUCCUAUACUCGGUAAUUUAGGAUGUUUACUGCGCAUGCAAUGUACUUCUGCUCAUAUGAUACAAGCGAUCUACAACUAUCCCGAAGCUGGAGAUCGUCCUUUCGUUGGUAUUUAUCUUUUUCAUCGUCCGGCUUUACUGCUACGCGAUCCCGAACUGAUAAAACGCAUUCUAAGUAGGGAUUUUCCAAAAUUUUCUAAUCGGUUCUCAAACUCAGAUUAUUUUGGUGACCCUCUUGCCUCUCGGAAUUUAUUCUUUCUGAAAAAUCCUUAUUGGAAAGAAAUACGUUUGAAGCUGACUCCUUUCUUUACAAGUGGAAAACUGAAACAAAUGUGUUCGCUAAUCGAAGAAGUGGGACUUAAUCUCAAUGAAUAUCUCUUGAAAAUGCCUUUAAACGGCGAUAAGAUUUUCCAACUGGAGCUUAAGGAACUUUGCUCUUUAUAUACCACAGACGUUAUUGCAACUGUAGCUUUCGGUAUACAAGCGAAUUCUUUUAAAUAUCCGAAUGGAGAAUUUCGUCAUAACGGUCGUGAAAUAUUUCGUUUUAGCACUAGACGAGCUUUGAACUUAGGUGUUGUCUUCUUCUUGCCGUAUUUGGUUCCGUAUUUGCGCACAAAAGUCGUACCAACAAAACAAACGGAAUUUUUGCGAUCUACCAUGAAUCGCAUAUUGGAGGAGCGGGAGAAAUCUGGAAUGAAGCGUCACGAUUUAAUCGAUAUCUUGAUAGAAUUCAAAAAUCAAACCAAAAACCAACCAAGGCAAGAUGAUUUAAAAUUUGAAGGUGACCUGCUCGUGGCACAAGCGGCUAUAUUUUUUAUAGCAGGAUUUGAGUCAACAUCGACUACAAUGUCAUUUACUUUAUAUGAAUUGGCAAAAAACCCGGAAAUGCAAGAAAGACUACGCAAAGAAGUUUGCGAUGCUCUUAAUGAAAGCCGCGGAAAGAUCACGCAACAGAUCAUUGAGAGCUUGGAAUAUAUGCAAAUGAUUAUAGAUGAAACAUUGAGA